AUGGCCGCAAAAGCCCGCCGUGUAGCCGUGAUCGGUGCUGGCCCUUCAGGCGCCAUUGCAGCCGAUGCCUUGGCCAAAGAGCAAGCUUUCGAGACCAUUCGGGUUUUCGACAGACGCCCCGUGAUCGGAGGGACAUGGCUGCACACUCCUCACCUGCCACCCAAGAUUCCCUCUUUACGCGAACUUUUAGAGGGAAAGGCCGACAAGGCUGUGCAAGUGCCGGCCGAGCUGCCCGCCGAUACCCCAAAGUCCGAGGCCGUGAACAGCCACCAGCUGCGCUACUCAGACUCGGCCCAGCAUGAGCAUUUGCAUAGCAAUAUCAUCCCUGAGAUCAUGAGCUACACGCAGGAGCCAUUCCCUGAACAACUGUCUGAGCGAACGCUUCGGCAGUACGGCCCGGGCGCCCCCUUCCGCCACCGAGAGACGAUCAGGGGCUGGGUCGAGAACAUUUUCGUCAAGAACGGCACCGAGAAGUUCUUGGAGCUUGGAACCACUGUGGAGAAGGCCGUCAAGGAGGGUGACGAGUGGGUACUGACGCUGCGGAAGGAAGGGCCCGGGAAGGACUAUUGGUGGAGGGAAUGGUUUGAUGCGUUAGUGGUAGCGACUGGCCACUACAAUAUUCCCUGGUUCCCCGAGGUUCCUGGGCUGGCCGAGUACGACGAACGAUUUCCUGGAAGAAUCAUACACAGCAAGCACUUUCGAGGUGCUGAGAAAUUCAGAGGAAAGCGGGUCAUUGUCAUCGGCGGAUCAGUGUCCUCACACGAGGUACUGCACGAGAUCCUGCCGCAGGCGCAACACCCGGUCUACGCAUCCAUCCGUGGAGAGCCCAUCCCAGCGUUUGGCUGGGCGCCGUUCAAGCACCCCCACGUUUCGAUCCAAAAGCAGAUCAGCAGCCUCGACCCAUUGACGGGCAAGGUCUCCUUCGCCGAUGGCACCGAUCUAAACGACGUCGAUCACAUUGUGUUUGGGACGGGUUAUACCUUCUCUCUGCCAUGGCUACCUCACGUGCAGAAGCGCAUCAGCAAGGCUUACCGUCGCUUACCCGGGGUUUAUCAGCAUACGUGGGACAUUGAAGACCCGACUCUGACAUUCGUUGGCAUGCUAGGAGGAGGGUUCACCUUCCGUGUCUACGAAUGGCAGGCUGUCGCGGUUGCUAGACAUCUCGCAGGUCGCGCCAAGCCCUUGCCGCCGACGGCUGAACAGCGUGAGUGGGAAGAGCAAAGAGUAGCCAAGUUCAAGGGAGGUAAAGAACACUACUCUAUUGCUCCCGACUUCGGUUCCUUCCUCGAGUUCCUCCGAAACAUUGCGAGCGAUCCCGAGCCGGGGACCACAGGGCGCGCAUUGCCGCCUUUUGAUAAGAAGUGGCUCGAUGUUUGGACGGGUAUGGUGACGUACAAGAUUAAGGGAUUUGAGAGGGAAGCUAAGAGGGCUGAAGAGGAGUUGACCCUCAUCAAGCAGGGUGUCAACAUAUCUGCAGUCCCCGCACUCGCUGCCCUCACGGACCGGAAUUCGGUAUUUGCCUGCAGUAUCGCUAUAACUGGAAAGUGUGAAUCUCUUCAAGCCGUUUAUGGCGACGAUGCUGUGGACUUGAACAACGAGCAGAACUACGCCAGCUUCACCGGGGCCUUCUGGUCAGAGCUGCAAGCAGAGGUCAACCCUCAUUGUAUCUUCUACCCCUCGGUCUACACAGAGGACCGAUUCCCAAAUCUCAUUGAUGCGUUUGAGGGCCUCAUCGACGAGUCACCUAGCGACCCCAAUGCUGGGACCUGGCUGGCCUGGAUCCUGAACGAUGGGGUCAGGCUCGCGGCAGCCGAGCUCUGGUACGCCAAGCCCAACGGGCAGAACGCUUCGAUUUUUGACAGUUACAACCGCAUCCCCACGAUCUCUGACAGUUCUGGGAACAGAACCCUCGCGAAUUAUACAGCGUCAGUUGCAGAGAGGAAUCCGUACGGCUAUCGCGAGUGCUACUAUGCUAUAUCCAUCAGGGCAUCUCGCGCGGUAGCUCAAGCAGCCACAGACAUUUUCUAUGAUGAGGUAGUCGCCGUUGCGGAUGUAGCAGGUGCGAACCCUGCGAUGGUAUGGCAGGGGAUCACAGAAGGCGUGCUCAAGGCCACCAAGAAAAAUGGGGGAAACCCCCUCGGUCUUUCAGUGGAAGACGGCCCUUUCUACCUCAUUCAACUUUCAUGUUGGUGGGAGAAUGAAGAAGACGACGCAAAAAUGUACCGGAUGAUCUCCACAGUGCUAGAGAGGAUCAAGGCUGCAGCCGUAUCCGAGGACGUUCAGAACGAUUGGGUCUACAUGAACUACGGGAGCCAGUUCCAGGAUGUGAUCAGCAGCUACGGGCCCGAGAAUAAAGCCGCACUGAAGAGGAUUGCAGCCAAGUACGACCCCACGGGUGUAUUCCAGAAACUGCAGCCGGGAUACUUCAAGCUUGACCGGGCGCCCGUGCCAGAUACGGAUUACUUUUCGUUCUAA